UUAGAAGGCUCUUGUGCGCUUCCGUAGAAUACAUACGGUUGCCGACAUGGAUCCUCCGUGAAUGUUUUGCAUACCCAACGAUUUACCGAGGCUUUUCCGGCCGGGAAAUGCGAUCAACUGUCCGACUUUCGAGGAUAAACAUCAUCAAGAUAUCACACCGCGAGAGCGGCAAUGGUAAUGCGCUGAGACGAAACCACAAUACUUAUUUUACCUCUUUUGUUUUUCUUUUUUCUUUAUCGUUUUUUAGGAUUAAAGAAGGCGCAACUGGGUAUGGUCGAUGCGGCGUAGAAUGGCUACUGCCGGUGUCACCAUCAAUCAAUUAUCGCCGUCCAAGUGGCCCUCGUCUCCUUCGUUCCCUUCUCCUUCAAAUUUGUUUCGCCGCGAGGACGACUUUUACGAUCCAGAAAAUGGUGUCUCGAGUAUCAAAAACAGGGCCCACAGCAUGUCAGAGAGAAUGGAUACUAUCGGCAAUAGUUUCUGGCCGAUGCAUAAGGGGAGGGACUUUGAGUCCACCAGCGAUUCGGAACUUGCUGUAGACUCUAUACAAGUCGACUUAGACAUUUCUGCGGCAUAUAAAGAUAACACUUGCGAAAAUAGAGCAGCUAAAAGGCAGAUACCCAUAAAACCUGGAAAAGUGAAGAAGCCUGGAGUAGACGGAUCACUAGAGAACCGCUUAGGAAGACAAAGACAGAAACCUGAAAAUUCCCUGUCGCGAUAUUUCACCAAGCCCAGAUCAGAGGACUUUGACACAAAGACUCGUCAAAUCGAAACAAUUAUGCCAUUAAAGAUGACUUGCACGAGAAAGAGACCAUCUCAAACGAGACUUCAGUAAAGAAGCUCGGUGACAUGCU